GGCCCCAGGAGGACGUGGGCGAGGGAUGAGCCUGGCGGGCCGCGUGUGCGCGCGGGUUGGGAGAGGCUGGAGUGUGCGGCUCCAGCACGUUGUGGAAAGAGUUUAAAGCACGCUGUUCCCAGUGUGGUGCUGUCUCUUGGGGUCUUACUGAAGAAGGCAAAUAUUACUGCACUUCUUGCCACAAUGUUACAGAAAGAUGUAAGGAAGUUACAACCACUGGAGCUAUUCCUAAUGCCAAGAUAAAAACCAUCAACAAGGGCCUGAAAAAUAAAAGAAAGCUUGAAAAAGGCUGGGAUUGGUAUGUAUGUGAAGGCUUUCAGUACAUACUUUAUCACCAAGCGGAAGCCCUAAUGACUUUUGGAGUCGGUCCAGAGUUAAAGAAUGAAGUUCUGCAUAAUCUUUGGAAGCGCUACCUUCAGAAGAGCAAGCAGGCAUAUUGUAAAAACCCAGUUUAUACCAGUGGAAGGAAAGCCAAGGUAUUGGAAGAUAAUCUGCAUCAUGCAGAUGGGACUAGUGAGCCUGAGCUGCUAAGUGAUACUAACUAUCCGGUUGAAAGUGGAGCAGAAUCUCCAUCCGAUACCCAAACUCCAAAGCACUUCCCCAUCAUCAAACCAUCACAGCCAGAAACAGCAUCUGUUUGUUCUGGAUCUCUUGAUGGAAUUGAGUACUCAGAGCGAAAGGAGAAAGGAAUUGUGAAGAUGACUGUGCCAAGAACGCUUGCUUUCUGCUGUCUGUCGUUAAUUUGGCAGAGAGAAACAGUUACUCUUUCAGAUCUUUUGAGAUUUGUUGAAGAGGGCCAUAUUCCUUAUAUAAAUGCUUUCCAGCAUUUUCCAGAAGAGAUGAAAAUAUAUGGGCGUGACAAAGGAAUCUUUGGCAUAGAGUCUUGGCCUAACUAUGAAGAGAUCUAUAAAAACAUGAUUGAAAUUGCCACGUUUUUAGAUUUGCCUCGUUUUCCAGACAUAACUGAAGACUGCUACCUUCAUCCCAACAUCUUGUGUAUGAAAUACUUAAUGGAAGUCAAUCUCCCUGAUGAAAUGCAUGGUUUAACCUGCCAAGUGGUAAAAAUGACUGGAAUAGGAGAAGUAGAUUUUCUGACAUUUGAUCCUAUAGCUAAAAUGAAAAGGACUGUUAAAUAUGACGUACAAGCUGUAGCUGUCAUUGUAGUAGUAUUGAAACUGCUCUUUUUAUUGGAUGACAAUUUAGAAUGGUCUUUGUCUGAUCUUGCUGAAAAGUAUAAUAAAGAAAAUAAAGAAGAAAAGCCCUGGUUUGAUUUCAGAAAGUGGUACCAAGUUGUGAAGAAAACUUUUGAUGAGAAAAAACGAAAAUGGGAGGAAGCAAGGGCAAAGUACAUGUGGAAAAGUGAAAAGCCACUCUACCACUCACACAUCGACAAAUCAGUAGCAUAUAAAAGAAGAGAAAUGGUGGUGAAUCUACAAAAACAAUUUAGUACACUGGUUGACUCAACACCAAUUGUUGAAAAAAAAGGCCCUUCAAGCUUUCAGUUCAACUGGACUGAAGAAGACACUGAUAGAACUUGUUUCCAUGGACAUAGCCUCCAGGGAGUCCUGAUAAAGAAAAAGAAAGGCCAGUCACUGAUAACCAAGAAUUCAUUAUAUUGGCUUAGUACCCAGAAAUUCUGUAAAAGUCAUUGUAGACAUGUGACAACCUAUGAAGAAUCAAAUUUUUCUCUGAGUUACCAGUUUAUACUAAAUAUCUUCUCCUUCUUGCUAAGAAUAAAGACCUCCUUUCUCCAUGAAGAAGUGAGCUUAAUUGAAAAGAAACUUUUUAAAAAAAAAUACAGAGAAGCAAAAAAGAAUUCUUCAAGAUCCAAGAAAGUGAGAAGAUACUGAAAAAAAAAGAAAUAGAAACUUUAUUGGAAAAAUAUUUUAAUAGUGAUAAUGAUGUCAAAUUAAACACUGCAGAGAAUUGUGGAAAAUAUAAUUUCACUACAGAUGUAUUUACAUGUGUGUCAAAUGUGCUUAUAGGAUAUACAUAUUGUGAAUCAGGUGAACUUUUUUUUAAAUGAUGAGUAUUCUUUG